AUGUCGUCAAACUCUCCAUGCACUCGGUUUUCAUGGCGAGAGUCGCCUCAAGGCGUUUGGGAGCGUGACCUCGACGAGUGCGAGGAAUUCUACCGCCUCUUCACCAAGAAAGACGAGGGCUGUUAUCCCAUCACGGGUUGUGCAUCAUUUCAAAUCAAGACUUCCGACGUUGAUCGUGAAGAUCGCGUCGAAAGUUCUCUGCAAAACGCGUGGACAUUUCUUCGCUACAAGCACCCGACACUGGGGUCUCGCAUGGAGCGUGACAACGACAGUGACAAAUGGAAAAGAGUUUACGCGCCGUUCCGGACUGAUGAUGAUGUAGACUGCUGGUUGCAAUCAACAUUCAAGACCAUUGACUUAAGCCAGAGUGCAGUGGAUUGGUUCAACAACGACGCGCCCGAUUUUGAACUCCCGACCGUUUAUCUUGUCAGGUCCACACACGAUACGCCACGCCAGACCGUGUUUCUCAGAUGCCCUCACGAUAUUACCGACGGCGUUGGUGUCCUCCAAUUGAUCAAUCAACUGUUGACCCAAGCUGCUCUAGUCUAUGGACAGUCGACCGAUUAUGCAUACCCAUUGCCCGAUGACGAGCUAGAUACCAGACUCUCACCCUCUCUACGCGUCGCAGGUUCUAUCCCUGAUUCAUUGUCAGACACCCAAAUGCAACGUUUUGAGGAGAUACAACGCGAGAAUGGAAAGGUUUAUAACCAUCCGGCCUUGCUGAGUCUCCCUCCCAGCUCUUCAUCCAAUACCGACCAGGUUCAGCGCGUCGCCGUCUCGAUUCCCAAGGAUGAAUCGACCCAGAUCUUAACCAACUGCAAAGCCAUCGCGCCAGGAGUCAGCGUGACUCACGUCUUUACCUCAGCUCUGGCAAUGGCUCUCUGUGAGGUACAACCUCGGAGACAGGACUCUUACCCUGUUCGCUACGUCAAUCAUGCCAUGAUCAAUCUCCGUCCAUACUGUUUCCAGCCUUACAACGGCCCUGAUCAUGCAGCUUCUGCAUUUCACACGGUAUCUGCUCAGGCACUAGGCAUUGAUCUGGAUGUACUUGCCUUGGCUGAUGAAAACGAGUAUAAACCUAGUCAACUGCCUUUGGUGGCCACUCAAGUUCGAGACUUUUACAACCAAGUCAAGCCAAUCCCAGGGCGAGCAUAUGAACAAGUUUCCCUGGCCCCACAGACGUUCAAAGCUCUCUCUCCCCCACCUGGAUCAGAUCCAUAUGCUGCCUCAAACCCUCCGUUUUGCCCUGUCGCUCUCUCCUCUAUCGGCAAUAUUGCAUCGAUAGUCGAAAAUGCCAACGAUGUCUUUGAGCUCGCCGACGUUUGGGCUGCUAGCCAACCUAUCGGUGCGGGUGUCGCAACGUUUCUUGGAUGUUGGGAUGGGAAAAUUGAGCUUUCUGGCGUUUUCAACACGCAAUAUCACGACCAAGAUCACAUAGAAAAGUUUCUGAAGUCUAUAGUGGGCUAUGCUUAUAAAGGCCUUGGAGUUCUUGAAGCAUAG